ACGAUGUUGUUUUCCGUCCCUGAGUAUAAAAAUAGAAAUUUACUCUCUAUAUAAAAAGUAGCUGCUGUACUUUUUGCAACGCAUUCCACAAAAUCUAUUCCAUUAAUAUAUGUAAAUUUUUUCCUCUUAUUUAUACAGAACAACCAAAAAUGGUUUAUUACCAAUCAACCCCACUGGUGAUUAAAACAGAAAAGCCUAGCCAAGCGCAGUUCUGCACUCCGCUACAAACAGUUACCACUUCUGAAACAAUGACAAACCUCGAAACGGCAAUCGUAACCCAUAAACAACAGGAACAUCAGUUGCAGCAAAGCACUACGAAUGUAUAUAACCAGUAUGGAAAUGUCGCUAUAACGCUGCAAGAACAACACGAAUCUUCACCAUUACCUCACACAAGUAUUAUACCUAGCAAUACAACACAAACCUCCACAAAGAAUCUUUCUACGAAUCAUGCAUCAAAUAUUACUUUACAUGCCAAUAUAAAAUCGGAGCCUAACGCUGGUCUAUAUGGACGCCCCAUAUCGGAAAUAUCAACAAAUUCCGAAUCCACAGCGCUAGCUUUCCAUAGUUGCAUAACAGUCGCAUCCAACGCUCAAACGGCAAUAAGCCGCAAGCUAACUGUUAAUAAGCCACAAUUCAAAUGCGAACAAUGUGGAAUGACCUUUGGUAGUAAAUCGGCUCAUACUUCUCAUACCAAGUCUCAUGCGAAAAGCACCGCAUUGGUGGGUGGCGUUGCUAUGCAGGCUGCAAGAUUGGGUGAAACUACCGAGGCUGGUGUGCCAACGAGUAUUCCGAAGACACCCGAUAUGGCUGGAGUCGCUGGGGGUGAUCCAUAUCAGUGCAAUGUUUGCCAAAAGACAUUUGCAGUACCCGCAAGGCUGAUUCGACAUUAUCGAACCCACACUGGCGAAAGGCCUUUUGAAUGUGAAUUUUGUCACAAGCUUUUCAGCGUAAAGGAAAACCUUCAGGUGCAUCGCCGCAUACACACCAAAGAACGACCGUACAAAUGUGACGUUUGCGAACGAGCAUUCGAGCACUCGGGCAAGUUGCAUCGGCACAUGCGUAUCCACACCGGCGAGCGACCACACAAGUGCUCCGUCUGCGAGAAGACCUUUAUUCAAUCCGGACAGCUGGUCAUUCAUAUGCGAACACAUACCGGAGAAAAACCUUAUAAAUGCCCGGUUGAGGGCUGUGGCAAGGGAUUCACCUGCUCCAAACAGCUCAAAGUACAUUCGCGUACUCACACGGGCGAAAAGCCUUACCAUUGCGAUAUUUGCUUCCGUGAUUUCGGUUACAACCAUGUUUUAAAGCUACAUCGUGUGCAGCAUUACGGAUCCAAAUGCUACAAAUGCACGAUUUGCGAUGAGACGUUUAAGAGCAAAAAGGAGAUGGAGGCGCAUAUCAAAGGUCAUGCCAAAGAAUUUCCAGAUGAUGAUGACGAUGCUGGAGCUGUAGCUGGAUCAGCACCGACUAGCAAGAACGGGCAUAUCGGUAAUUCUACAUCGAGCAGCUCGUGUGGUGAAGCUAUAUCAGCGCCUGGUUCACCUAUGUCACCAGCCACCUCCACAGCCGCUAUCGCCAAAAGACGAAUAAUAAAAGAGCAGCGUAUUGGAGCACCGUCUCUUAGAACAACCUCUUCCAUUUUACCCAAUCCAGCAUCACCCAGCUCCCCUCAGUCUACACUGUCGUCCGGCUCAUCGAUUGCAUCUGCGUCACGUCUCUCUACAGGUUCACCAGAAUCUUUGCCCACAUCGCCGCCGAUUGCGCAUGCUUUAGAAAUAGAUCACCAUAGUCGAGACAGUGGGGUGGUUAGCGCCAGCAAUAAUCGUCAAUUAUCACUUUCCUUAUCCGCUGUAAAUUCAAAUGAAUACAAUGCACAGCAGUCCGUUACUUUCAUAAUUGAAGAAUUGCCGACAGACCUAAGCAAGCAGCACAUACAACAACAAUUGCAUCACUCAGCCGCUACAAUAUUGUAUCAAGGCAAUCAGAUACAGAAUUCAUUAAACUAUCCAACCACAGCAGCUCCAUCGACUUAUAGUUACCAUCAGCUGCAGCACCGCAGAACAGACUUAGAUGGGUCUGUGAUGGAACCGCCCACUAUCAAUCCAGCUUUGCUUGAAGCAGCAUCAAUUGUGAGACAACUCGACAUGCUAGAUUCCCACCGCGAAGAAGAAACUGGGAAUGCGGCAGUAGCGUUAAAUCAGCUACAAAGCAGUAAAAAUCAGCAGCAGCAGCAAAAACAUUUAGAAUAUCAAAAUCGACAAGAACUUAAUUCAUCUGAGUAUGAAAUCCAGAGAUCGUCAAAUACACCAACGACUUCGUAUGCAUCCCAACGCCUGUCGCUCAGUCACGAUCUAUCCCAAUACGAUGAUACACUGGAGGCAAACGAAUUGAUUGAACAUUACAAGCGGGGUGAGCUCGCGCGACAUGGACUGCACAAAGGAUAUGCGCCGGUGCCUAAAUUUGAACCUUCACCACUCAACAACGAGAUUGUUCGCCAAGUGGAGGCGGCGAUAGCGCCACUGCGAUCUUCAACAGAAUCACCCGAACGUUCAUCAUCUCCCGAGAGCGAUUCUAUGAUGAUGGCCGAUCGCGAUGUAAUGACAUUACCGUUGCGCAAACGUAAGCUUUACAUGCACGAAGGAUCGCCAAUCGCUGCAGCAGCUGUUAAUGUCUCUACACGAGAUAUUGAUAAUGCGUUAAGUCACAUUGCACCGACAUCGGGCAACAGUGAAUCGAAUCAUGCACUUAGCGCCACGGUUAGUGCCAACCAUGAAAACGGAGCAAAGGUGAUGCGUAUGAGUUCGGUUAUACAGUUUGCCAAAGCCUCAUAAUUUGUCAGGCGAUAGAAAAGCUUUAUUAACGAAAACAAUUAAAGACUGUUUCAAAAAUAUUUGUAUUUAAUGCCGCAAAAUAACAUUGCUGAUUUUAAAUACGCUGCGCUAGAUUAUAGAUUAUCUGUACGGUUCAGAUUAAAUCCAAAAGUCUAUGUAGAUGCUAAUAUUGAAAAGUAUUAUUUUUAUAUAUGUAUAUAUUAGGAAUGUUAUCCCGGACUUUUUAAGGAUUACUUGGCAAGAAUC